AUGAGGUUCCGAAAACAACGGAUUGGAGUCGUUGCUGACAUUGAGAAGGCUUUUCUCCAGAUUUCCUUGAACAAGACUGAUCGUGACGCCUUUCGGUUUUUUUGGUAUGCUGCGACGCCGAAACGUGAUGUCACCGAACGAGAAAUUGAGGUCUGGAGGAUGACCCGUGUCCCAUUUGGAGCCUCAUCCAGUCCCUUCAUUAUGGCUGCUACGCUUCGUUGUCAUUUUGAGAGUACUUCUUCGGCAGAUCCAUCUCUGAAGUCCCUGUGUGAGACGUUGAACGAGAGUUUCUACGUCGACGAUUUGGUGACCAGCGUUGCCACACGGAAUGAAGGGGAGCGGUUUUCCAGAGAUGCUAACGAGGUCGUCAGGACAGCUGGAAUGAAGCUACGAAAGUGGACGACGAACUCGCCGGAUCUACAGAGUGAGUUCAGGAGAAGCAGCGAACAAGACGCGGAGGCUAAUUCUCAUUACAAGUCAAAAAAGGUUUUAGGACUCAGCUGGAACACCGCAACGGACACACUUCUGCUUUUCAUGGACUCUCUUGUGAAAUUCAUCACCUACAAGACGGACACCAAGCGCUGCCUGCUGCAAGCAACCGCAAGAAUUUUUGAUCCUUUGGGGUUCCUUGCACCAUACACUAUCAAGGCGAAGAUUCUUUUCCAACGAGUAUGGGAGCAAGGACUCGGAUGGGAUGAUCUAUUGCCAGAUGAUCUCCUGUCUGAAUGGCUGCGGUGGACGAAAGGGAUCCCGGACGUUGCUCAAAUAGCCGUACCCAGAGCACUUAUAACCGAGGGACCAACAGCGAAGCACUCUGUGCAUUGCUUUUGUGACGCUAGCAUUCAAGCAUACGGCGCCGUUGUGUACCUGAGGACGGAAACGGAUGCCGGCACUGUCAACGUGAAGAUUAUAGCUGCUAAGGCUAGAGUAGCCCCGCUGAAGCGCGUUACGUUGCCACGUUUGGAGCUCCUUGCAGCGCUGAUCGGAGCGCGGCUAACUCACUACAUUGUCGGUGCACUCCACGUUGAACGCUUCCCUGCGACAUUUUGGAGCGAUUCGAGUGUAGCGCUCUGCUGGAUCAAGGCCAAUGCAAGUCGAUGGAAACCCUUCGUUGCAAACAGAGUAGUAGAAAUACAAGGCCUUUGCGAUCCCUCUACAUGGCACUACUGUCCAGGGGAACAAAAUCCUGCCGACCUACUCACGCGAGGUGUUUUACCCAGGCAACUGCAAAACAAUGAAUUUUGGUGGACUGGACCAAAAUGGUUGUCAUCCAUUGACAUGGUCGGCUCGGUACCAGAGCCCAGAGCUCCUGGAACACCCACAGACAUCGUCAAUACUGAAGCGAAGGCGGUGGAAGUUACAGUUGCGGUUGUAAAGGGGGAUCAAUGUGCUCUCUUCGACCUCACCAAGCAUAGUUCCUUCCUUCGUGUACUACGGAUAACAGCGUGGAUCAAACGGUUUAUUUUGAAUUGUCAACGACCACAUGAAAAAGUAUCUGGGCCUCUCCUUACUGAAGAAAUAAAUGAGGCAGAAAAGUACUGGAUUCGUCAGGUUCAACGUGAAUGUUUCUCAGACGAAUACGAAGUCCUGGCCAGUAACGGUGGAAGGAUAUCCUCAACUUCUCCGCUCCUUAAACUAUCCCCCUACUUGGAUCAAGAUGGAAUCCUUCGUUUGAAAGGAAGCGACGGAUAUGCAUCGCAGAAGCAACCGAUUAUUUUACCGAAACAUCACGACUUCACAAAGAAGUUAAUAAUGCGUACGCAUCUUCGUUUGCUUCAUGGAGGUGUACGAGACACGCUUGUUGAGCUACGUGAGACAUACUGGGUCAUCAGUGGUAGACAAGCCGUGAAGGCUAUGCUUCAUCGUUGCCUGACGUGUCAAAAGUGGCGCGCGAAGCCUGCGGAAGAGCCAAUGGCACCACUCCCGAGGGAUCGAGUUACCAAGGACGAACCUUUUUCAGUGGUGGGAGUUGAUUUUGCCGGGCCUCUCUACUACAAGGGUGCUACCACUGAUUGCAAGUCCUACAUAGUAGUGUUUACCUGCGCCAUCACGAGAGCUGUUCACUUGGAAAUCGUCACGGACCUGAGCACGGCGACAUUUCAACGGACAAUCUCGCUAGCUAAUUCUGCUAGCUAA